UCUCUCUCCCUCGGGUUUCGAGCUCAGCGAUCUCUCUCUCCCUCCAUAGUUUCUCUCAACUUUUUUCUGUAUCUGCCGAUUAAUGCUCGCUCUUUCAAUAGCACGAGCAAUGGGGUAUACACUUGAGUGGUUCUCUUCCGAAGCUUUUAUCGAAGAUUCCCCUUUCUGUGCUUCGUUUGUCGCGGCAUUUUCGAAACCCUAGCAAGUUUUCCUUCAUCUUCUGCAGAGCAGAGCACAAGCAGCGAGAGCAUUUGCAGGUCUUGCAGUGAUCUUGUCCUGCCAGUUUCCAAGUCAGUACGAUUGUUUUCUUGUCUUUUUCUUGGGGGUUUUUAAAUCGCAACUUGCAAUAGAAAACGGGGAAAGAGGCAAGAACUCUCGUGACUAGUUGAAAGGGAACAGCCGAACUUUGAGCGGACACUGUUUGGUCUUAACAAUUUUUUUUCUUUUUUUUUUCUGCUUUCUCUUGGAGGUUUCGAUAAGCUCUUGCUUGAUAGUGAAAUUUUGGACGUUCUGGAUUGUAAGGUGCUCGUGCUUAGUGCUGUUUUGGUUUCUCAGAGGUCACGACCUUGCAUUCAGUGGGGAAAAAUGGGAAAAAGAAAACUAGAGUUUGGUUCCUUCGUUAUAGAGAUCUCAGGUUUAGUUUAGUAAAUGGGCAUAACUCGAGAAUGUUAAAAGAAUUCAGGAGGCCACUGCUUUAUCGGUUUCUGAGUUCUUAGGUGCUUUCUACUCUCAUUAUGUUCCGUGUUUAGCUCUCUGAAUUACUCUAGAGUGAUGGUGAGCUCACGAUUCUUGUCGCUAGGGGUUCUAAUAUUUGGUUAUGAAGAUUGUUAUGCUGAUUGAAUUGGAAGGUAAAGCGCAAAUCAAGCUGAACUGCGCAUAGUCUGCGACAAAUUUGUUGUUUCUUUGGCUUUGAUGUUACGGAACUGUGUAUUGUUGUGAACUUUUUUGGCUUUGUUGUCAUAUAGUGUUCUGAAUUUACCGAACCAUGGAAGCAACUUAACAUGGGACACUGGAUUGAGGUGUGGAGAGUCUUUCGACUUAUGUUGAGAUGAAGAUUGUAAGAGCUCGAUAAGACUGAGGAAAGUUUGAAGAAUGAAAUGCAUUCAGAAUUUACUGUUAUUUUCAUCUUAAAGUGUAUGGUCAUACGAAAAUCAGCCGUAUUUGGUUUGCUUGCAUUUAUUUGACUUAUUACGCAAGCCAUAGCCAUAGCUGAAACUCUUCUUUUCAAUCUCCUUAUUAAAGAAAUGGGUUGUGCUGCGUCAAGAAUUGACAAGGAAGAGAGGGUAAGGAUAUGCAAGGAGAGAAAGAUGUUAAUGAAGAAGCUGGUGAGGUGUAGAGGAGAAUUUUCUGAUGCGCAGUUGUCUUAUUUGAGAUCACUGAAAAAUACUGGAGUCACCCUUCGCCAGUUCACUGAAUCAGAGUCACUGGAACUUGAAAGUACCCCCUUGGGCCUUGCUCUGCCUCCCUCGCCACCUCCACCUUUUCCUCCAUCUCCUCUUCCUCCUCCUCCACCACCCACUUUUAGCCCCGAUUUCAGGAAGUUUGAGCACAAUCCAAGGGUGGAAGUUGCCCCAGAAGAAAUUAUAGAGAUCCAUGAGGAAAAUAGUUGCACACCUCCUCCUCCUCCAGUUCCUAGUUCAUCCUGGGAUUUCUGGGACCCUUUUGCUCCUUCUUCACCUCAUUUUGAGAAGAUGACUGAAAUUGUCGAGCCUGUCGAGGAGGAAAAUUGGGCAGAGGCUAACACUGAAUUUGAGGAAGAACAGGAGGAGGAUAUUGUUGAUAAUAUAAAUCUGCUUCCUCAGAAGCCUCAGACUGUUGAGUUGGUUGAUGAUGCCUCAUCAAUGGUUAGCUGGCACACUAAAGACACUGGAGAUAUGGCUAUGGUAGUUUGGAGAAGCAAGAAGACCUUGGCAGGCAUUAUUAAGGAGUUAGAUGAUUAUUUCUUGAAAGCGUCAGCAGGUGGCAAGAGCAUAGCAAUUCUUAUGGAUGUCAAUUCAAGCGACAAUUUUCUUAGGCAGGGUUCUGAAGAGAACAGGAGUAGAAGGUGCAAUUCUGCAAAGGUAUUUAGUGCAUUGAACUGGAGUUGGUCUUCUAAAUCUCUUCAAUGUACAAGAAAUGCGGCAGAGUUUGGUGGUCCUAGUGAGCCUUGCAGGCCUGGUGCUCAUUGUGUCACACUUGAAAAACUAUAUGCUGAAGAACAGAGGCUGUGCAAGGAGAUAAAGGAUGAAGAGAUUAUGAAACUAGAGCAUGAGAAGAAAUCCCUGCUAUUGCAAAGGCAAAAGGAUGAAGACCAUGACUCGAUAAAGACUCAGAAAACUCGAUUAACAGUCGAAAGUUUGCAGUCUGAUAUAAUAUGUCUGCAAGAAUCAAUUAGUAGGACAUGCUCUUCCAUUUCAACGCUUUUAUAUGAAGAGCUGCAUCCUCAACUUAUCGCAAUAACUUUUGGGCUUACAAGUAUGUGGAGAGCAAUGUACGAGUGCCAUCAAGUUCAAAAUCAUAUAUCCCAGCAGGUGUGUCAUCUCACCAAUCAGCAAAAUAUGGAUCCAACUACUGACUAUCGUCGCCAGGCUGCUGCUCAGCUAAAAUAUGAGGUCACGUCCUGGUACACUAACUUCUGCAGACUUGUAAAAUCUCAAGGAGAGUAUGUAAGUACCCUCUGCAGGUGGAUACAGCUCACUGAGUCUGUUGCUGAGGACUUGCAACAGAGUGGUAGUUCAUCCAUGGUGCAUAUCUUUUGCAAAGAAUGGCAGCUGGCCCUUCUUCGGCUCCCAGAUAAGGUAGCAUCAGAGGCCAUCAGGAGCUUCUUGUCAGUUAUCCAUUCUAUAAUCUUGCAACAAGAAGGGGAACUUAACCUGAAAAGAAAGUCUGAGAAGCUUGAGAGGAAACUGCAGACAGAGUUAAACUCCCUGUCUGAAAUGGAGAUAAAGCUCGAGGGGAACUUACAUGACAGCGAAAAUCCUGUGUUGAACCCUAAGCACCCUUUAGCAGUUAAGCGCACGAAAGUUGAGAUUUUGAAAAAGCGUGUGGAUGACGAAAAGGCCAAGUAUCUGAAUUCAAUCGAGCUUACCCGAGCCAUGACCCUGAACAAUCUAGGAACAAGCCUCCCUAACGUAUUCCAGGCUUUGCUGGGUUUUUCGAGCGCCUAUGCAGUGUCCUUGGAGGCCAUUCUCAGCCAUGCCAAGCCAGUGGAUUAUUCAUGCCGAUAUGCGUUAAACUUGUAAGCCUGAUGAGUCGAGGUCAGAAGGUGUCAGGUUUUGUUUGAAGAGAUCUGGUUACAAUUCUGUUAUUUGCUUUGGUGCAGUAUCCAGGGGCGUGCUUAAUAGUUCUUAACAUGGAAUUGGCGCUGGACAUCUCUCUUAAAAUGUCUCAGGACGAUAUUGUGUUUUAAUAUUGUUGCAUUUGUACGUAUGAACAUUGUUGAAGCCGAGUUAUUCCUAGCCUGGAAUCAUUUUGCCACAAGUUUCUUUCUUUGAUCUA